AACUAACUGUACGAUCCGAACCGGACAUAGCUCUCAAGCAUCUGUGCCGAACAACCUGAACCGGACAUAGCUCUCAAGCAUCUGUGCCGAACAACCUGAAAAUCCCAAUCGCUCUCUCUCUCUUGCUCUUGCUCUCUCUCUCUCUCUGUGCAGCUAAUCGCCAUGGCCCUUCUGCUUCGAAACUCGCCUCGAAUCGCAUCACAGAGGGCUGCGACGAUCCACACUACCCUGCCGUCGCUGGCGGCUCAGCCGUCGCAUCCCACGCCCUACGCCCCUCCGUCGCCGCCUUCGACGACGUCUCCGGCGGGGAUGUCGAAGGCGGCGGAGUUUGUGAUCUCGAAGGUGGACGAUCUGAUGAACUGGGCACGCCGCGGCUCCAUCUGGCCCAUGACCUUCGGCCUCGCUUGCUGCGCCGUGGAAAUGAUGCACACCGGAGCUGCUCGCUACGACUUGGAUCGCUUCGGCGUUAUCUUCAGGCCUAGCCCUAGGCAGUCCGAUUGUAUGAUCGUCGCUGGCACUCUCACCAAUAAGAUGGCCCCCGCUCUCCGCAAGGUCUAUGAUCAAAUGCCCGAGCCAAGGUGGGUCAUCUCUAUGGGAAGCUGUGCAAAUGGUGGUGGAUAUUACCAUUACUCGUACUCUGUUGUUCGUGGUUGUGACAGGAUUGUCCCAGUUGACAUUUAUGUUCCGGGUUGCCCGCCUACUGCCGAGGCCCUGCUUUACGGAAUCCUCCAGCUGCAGAAGAAGAUCAACAGGCGCAAGGAUUUCCUUCAUUGGUGGACCAAAUGAGAACAUUUUUACUUUAUUCCCUGCCUGCUUUGUUUGCAUACUUGUGGAAGAAGAAUAAACCGGACUCUGCUAGCUUUUCUUAGGUAAAGUAACCAUGUAAAGGAUGAGACCUGUUUUAACCUCUUUGUAUGUGAAUGUUAUUUCAUAUGAAUAUGUAAGGGACGAUUUUCAGUGCUGCUUGGGCCAAUUGCUUUAGGCUUGACUUGGAAAGUCGAGGAAUAAUUGCAUUUGAUGUAAACUUUUACACAUCUGCUGUGUUUCACACGUCGUUUUUUUUUUUUAUAUAUAUUUUAACCUCCAAUUGGGGGGGUAGUUCCGGUUUUAUUA